AUGUCAAGGCGUUCCCUACUCAGAAAUGGACGCAAACCGUUUAAGCGAAGCGAGCAGUAUGUUAUCACCUUAAAAGCCAAAAUACCCCUCGUCCCGAGCGCCUACUAUGCCGACAACACAAACUGUCACUGUCCAGCGCUGCCAUGUCAGGCUAACUUCCGCCUAGCUGCUCACAAAAGGCCACAACGUUCAUUGUGUGCCAGUUGCCGAAGUGAACGGUCGGAGCAGCUUUUCGUACAAGUGCACGCAGAACAGCACAAAGCGAGAAGUGCACAAUCCGUCGGUUCCGAAGUUCGUAAGUGCAAUUACUCCGUGCGAUUAACCGAAAACGAUGCUGAUUAUCAGUUGCAUCUUCCACAGCAAAUAAUAACAUCAAGCCGGCACGCACGAAUUCUGCGGGAGCACACCCGAGCACAAAGGGGUGACACGUGGACGGUCAGGAUACUACGACCGACUGUGCCAGGCCGCUCGAACCGCACACCAACAGCCAGGAUUCGUUUCUCCAUACUGGGGCAGCAAUCGUUUCGACUGUUUCGUACGCAUCUCCCGAUAGAGAAACAGAAUCGCCAAGCCCGAAAAGGACCAUCAGCUGUAGAAGCCUUUCCUUCGCCAAGCCAACGAGCCCCGUCACAGGGGCUUUGUUGCACAUCCCACAAUUUGCGGCGGAGCAACCGACAGUUGGGCACGAGAAUUGACCCGUGGACGUCGAUCGAGCAUCGAGUUUCGGCUCACGUGCUGGUGGAACCAACCGGCAAGAGUGAGCACCAGAAGAGCCUCGUGGGGAUCCGCAGCACGGCAGGCAGACGGAUCAGUUGUCGGCGAGGCUGAGGUCGAUUGGCCAACGAAUUUGCGUUUGCAAGAGACCAUGGGAACGGUGGUCUAACGCAACACUAGGGCGAGCAGCCAGGCAUGUGGAUCCGUGGUCGAAGCUCAAUCCCACGGUCGGUGAGCGAUACUCUUUAGAUUAAGUAAAAAAUUGAUCUAGAAUAAGAGAGAUGAGUAGGGACAGUUAGGCUCUCCAAUAAUGAGCAAUAAAUGACAAUGUCACACUAAAUUUGGGCUGCGCACAUUAUCGUAUUUUGAGCAAUUCCCGAUCCCUAGUGAGGGCAGAGCUUUUUCGAAUAACAAGUUUUAGCUGGUAUAUAUCCCAAAUGUUGUCGCGGGAUUUCUUUUGAGAUUUCUCGGAGCUUCUGAGAGAAAGAUUCCUCCCGGUGUUGAUUCUGGGAUGUCUCAGAGUUUUUCUAAAUUUAUCCUGGACUUUCUCCUUAGAUGUUUUAGAGAGUCUUCUGGGAUUUCUGCAGGACCUUAUGCUGGUGUUUCUUAUGAAGUUCGUUCCGUGAUUUUUUUUCGGAUAUUUUCCAAGGCUUUUCCUUGUAGUUGAUUAUCUUAUUUCUUGCAGUGACCUGAGAUUAUUUUUUUUUACAGAUUUUCAUAUUUCCAGAGCUCUUCCUGGAACCUCUACCUGAAAUUAUCCCGAGAUUCUGGAUGCUCCUCUUUUGAAUUUCUUCAAAAAUUACUCCCGGAGUUCUUGCUGGAUUUUUUCCAAGAGUUUUUCUCGGAAUAUCUUCUGGGAUAACUUACGUGAUUUCUUGUAAGAAAUUCUUCCUUGAGAAGUAUCUGAAGGAAUCUCUGCCAAAUUUUGCGAAAAUCUUAGCAAUGACUUAUCGAGAGGAACUAAGGAAGAAAUCCUGAGAGAAAAUGGGAUGUCUCGGGAAAAAGUUCUGGGACCAAUCCCAGGAGGAAAUAUUAAGGAAAUUUAGGGAGGAUCUCUGAAAACCUUUAAAAUUAAUCCCGAGAGAAACUACGUGUGAAAUCCCGCAAGGAAAUCCACGAGGAAUAUCUGAAAACUGCCUUGGGAAAAAUAUCCCUGGAAGAACUUUUGCAAAAAUCCCUAGAGAAACUCUUGGAAAACGGUCCCGGAACCACUAAGAGAAAUUCCUGGAAGAACUUAGGAAAACAUUUGGAAAGAUCUACAGGAGGAAUCCAGCGAGAAACUCUGAAAGAAAAUCCGGGGGGUAUGUACUCUAGCAAAAUAAUACGUAAAUAGUUAACAGAAUAUCAGAAACGCGUAAAAACCUCUGGAUGUACUUGGGAAAACUGGUGAAAGCCAAGAAAGAAAACCUUUGAUAAUUUCAAGAGAAAACUCUGCGAGAAACUGGAAAUGAAUUUGAAGGAGGAAUUGUGGACGGAUUUGAAGGAAGAAUCAUGGGUAGAAUUUCAAAAUCUCAACAUUACUACACCACCUGCACAGUACAAACAUCCAAGUUCAAAUUCAAAACUGUGUAUGGAAUUUAACUGUCAUAUAUGACCCUAUGACCCCAUAGCAGUCCCAUAUUUGCUGGAUUUCCUAUUCAUAUGGGACAUUUAUGCGAUAAUUGGCAGUAAAGUCUGGAAUUACUGAUUGAACUCCCGAAUGUUUUUUUUCCUGAUUUUUUAGAGUAUUUGGAUGUCAUUGUAGGUGGAAAUAUCAGAGCAUUUUUUUUUCUGGCAAUUAACCCAAAAGAACCUUGGGAAAAGUUUAGAAAUACCUAAUCCUCGACCGAUUUUUCCAUUAUUUUCGAAAGAUUUUUGUUAAACAGUUCUUUAAAGAAUGCAGCGAUUUAGUGGAAUCUCUUGAAUAAUAAAUCUUGCAAAUUUUUCUUUAAAUUUUUAUUUUAAGUUUUGAGGAUAUUAUUGUAUUUUUUUUUUUGAAGUACAGAAAUUUUAUAAAAAUUAGGCUAAUUUUUGAUUCAAUAAUAUUUAAAAUUUCCCUCUGGAAAAACCUGGAAAACUCAGGGAAUUUUAUUUUGUCUUAUGAGUCGACACCCUGUAACAGCUGAUCAAACAUUACUCCGAACUUACGAGAAAUAAGUCAACUUCCCAGUCGAACCUCUACAGGUGGUGUCCAUAAAUUGCAGAACUUCGCGCCUGUCUAAGAGCUCGCACCGAUGAGUGUAGAAUGGAGCGAAGUGAGGCCUACAGGGCGGCAAAACUGGUACUGAACAAAGAGAUUAAGGCACGUAAGCGGGCGUGCUUCGAAAAUCUCGGCCAGACAGUCAACAUGACCCCUUGGCACAGACAAACAGACAUACUACUUAGAAGAAAAUUGCUUCAAAAACAUCGUUUGGCAUCUCACUAGCACCCUCUAUAAUGCUCAAUCCGAAGCAUUCAUUUGCAGGUGUUGUUUCCCUCGGCUCGAUGUAACAAUUUUGCAGGUGACGACUCCCCCGUGACGACAUCCAUUCAUAAAACAUGAAUGAAGGUUCAUCUUGGAGUCAUUUUAUGUAAACAUUGAUCGGCGUCGCGUUCAUUUCUCUCCAAGAUUGAGAGGUGAUGUAGGCACAGCAGCGCCACCAUGACACAUGCGAGCACAGUCCGAACCACAUUAUAUUUUCAAAAUGACCGUUAAAUCGUGCGAUGAUUGCGAUUUGAGUAGUAUGUCUGUUUGU